GAGUCUUGCCGCAGAACAGUGACUGGCAGCUUAGUGGUCUGUUUCAAUCCUUACUAAUUCCAAACUGGCUUGCUGUGAUUGUUCCUUUGAUGCCAACACGAAUGGCACCAAGGAUGAUUAGUUCCACCGUCUCCACUGUCGGUAAAUUCAUUUUCUUGUCAGUGAAAUAAUUAGUUUGGUUUCAAUGUCAUUUUUUGCUGCAGAGGUACAUAGCAGUGAAAAUAUAACGCUGCUCAAUUUUUCAUCAGGGUUUUUAUGUUAUUUCAGGAUCACAGUGAUGGUGGAUGGUUAUUUUUCAGACUGGAAGAACAUAGACAGUGGUGUAUCCUAAGAAUUGUGAAUAGGACCUUCUUCUUAGUCAGUCCCUGAGGAUUGAAGACUUAAUUACUCCAUUUGUUUUUUGUGAGCUCCCAACUGCUUAAUGUAGACAAUGUGGUAACUGGAGACUCUUCCAUAGACAGCCAGGUAGUGACCAAUGGGUGGCAGGUGGAUGGGUUAUGGGGACUGUUCUGUAUAUCUGAAAGGUUGGUGUAAACAUAUACAAUAGCAUUAAUUGAUAAGACCGGUGAAAAAUACAGACCCGUGGAAGAAUGAGGGAUGUGAGAUUAAGUGGAUCGAAGUAAUUUCUAGAAUUUUUCAAACACUAAGCUGAAGGGUCUCCUUAACGUUGGUUCAUUUUUUUUGAUUCUAUGGUAGAAAUCAGUGUUUCCCAGCCCUCAUUUAUGUGGAUGAACAAGGGAAUGUUCAUGUAAAUGACAUGAGAGUGAGGGGGAGAAAGUCGGAAAGAGAGGUGAGGGCAGGACAAAACGUCCAGCAGAUAGAUGGAUACAUGUGAGGAGGUUUUAAUUGGCAGAUGGGUGGAGUAAGAGACUGGAAGUACAAAGGAGACAAAUGAGUGUCCAAUAAGGAGAGAUAUGAGUGAAAUGUAAUGCUGGAGGAUGAGAUAUGGAUGGAAGGUGACUGGUGGGAAGGCGAAAGAGACGGUAUAACUAGGCUAAUUCCUGGGAUGGCGGGACUGACAUAUGAUGAAAGAAUGGGUUGACUGGGCUUGUAUUCACUGGAAUUUAGAAAGAUCUUGUAAAAACAUAUAAAAUUCUUGAAGGAUUGAACAAGCUAGAUGCAGGAAAAAUGUUCCCAAUGUUGGGGGAAUCCAGAACCGGGGGUCAUAGUUUAUGAAUUAAGGGUAGGUAAUUUAGGAUUGAGAUGAGGAAAAACGUUUUCACCCAGAGGGUUGUGAAUCUGUGGAAUUCUCUGUCACAGAAGGCAUUGGAGGCCAAUUCACUGGAAGCUUUCUAGAGAGAGUUAGACUUAGUUUAGGGCUAAAGGAAUCAAGGGUAAUGGGGAAAAAGCAGGAAUGGGGUACUGAUUUUAGAUGAUCAGCCAUGAUCAUAUUGAAUGGCGGUGCUGGCUCGAAGGGCCGAAUGGCCUACAGCUAUGUUUCACAUCAGAUGUGACCCUCAAGUUGUUGAGAAUGUGAAAUUUGAUGAGGUUAGACUAUAUUUCACGUUUUAAAUUGUCUGCCAGAUCACUAAUUCGGUACUCCUGCAGACAUCGUCUUAAUCUCACUCACAAACUGGGCUCUGCCAUCUUCAAGCAUUAAGUACUGUAUGGUAGCAUUAUUUGGUCCUCCUACUGCUGAUAUGUUUUAUUGUCCAUCACCAUUCAUCACAGGAGGUGACUCAGAUCAAGAAUCUGCAGUUCUACUACUAGUUGUGGAAUAAUUUAAUCUUUUACAUACUGCAUCCAUGAGUAGGCUGGCAUGUAACCUCUUAUUGUUGGCCUACCAGGUCUACCUUAUUUUUAGAUGCAGUUGGUGUUGGGGGGUCCCGAACCAAAACAUCACUUGUCCAUGUACUCCAAUGUGACCCGCCAAGUUAUUCCAACUCUGUGUCUUUUUUUGUGAACCAGCAUCUGCAGUUCCUAAUGUCUGCAUAUUCUCUGCUUUUGCUGUCCUAGGCCAACUGAUUUCCUCAGCUGCUGUAGAUUGCCACUGCUUUGAUCUGUUUUAUUCUUUAUUUUUAACCAAAUCUGCUCCACCCUAAAAAUCGAGUAAUUGUUAUAAAACUUCUGCACUUAGUUGUUUCGAAAUUCAAAGAUAAUCCAUGAAAGGUGUGUCUAAUAUAUAGGAUAACGAUUUUAAUGGUGGCCUGAUAUCAUGUUUCAGAAAGACAAAAACAUAUGUUAAUCAGAUGUUUUUAAAGUUCAGACUGAUAUUGUAGGAGGGGAUGAGGAUAUCAGGUCUUGGCUCUUUACGUUGCCGGAUGUUACUCUCCUUUAGAGUGCAUUAAGUUACCUGUCAGUGCUUCUCUGGAACUGGAUCACCGAACAGCUUCUCCAUGUAAAUCCGUCAUUUGACUUCAAUAAGUGUCAUUUUAAAUCAAUUAGAUACAUUUUGGUGAAUCAACAAUAAAUGGUCUAGGGGACGUUGAAAUCAAAUUCAAAUUCAGUGCAGGCGAAGUUGCCCUGUGAGAAGUUGACUGCAGUGUAUAAUCAAGAGGAGAACUACUUCUAAUUCAACUGAACAAAAUGACUCCAAGGCACUGUGUAUUUGCUCAACAAAGAAGAUGGAUACUUUCUCUCUUCCUACUAAGUGCCCUAAUCACCGCUCUAACUCUUCUGAUGAUUCUGGUUGGCAUCCACGAAACUGAACAUGUUUCAAAGCGUGAAGUCAGAAGUGAGCCUACACCAAUGCCAUCUUCCAUAGAUGUCCGCUUGGUGAAUGGGAGAAAUCCGUGCCAAGGGCUUUUGGAAGUCCUUUACAAUGGUACCUGGGGGACAGUGUGUGAUGAUGACUGGGACAUCAUUGAUGCCAGAGUGGUGUGCCACCAACUCGGAUGUGGCCGUGCUCUCUCCUUGGCAGGAAAUCUGCCCUUUGGCAGGGGAACGGGGAUUAUUCUGCUGGACAAUGUGGACUGCAAAGGGACGGAGUCAUCACUGAUCGACUGUGUUAGCCUGGGGUGGGCUAUCCACAACUGCAACCAUUACGAAGAUGUGGCCGUCAUGUGCAAUGAUUUCAGUUCAGCUCCUAAAAACAGGAUAAAUGAAACCAAACUAUCUAUGUGGGAAUACAAUCAAGGAGAGGGCAACAUUCGAUUAGUCAAUGGCCACAACUCAUGUCAAGGCAGGGUGGAGAUUAAGCACAGAGGACAUUGGGGAACAAUUUGUGAUGAUGACUGGAGCAUGGGCGAUGCCAAGGUUGUGUGCCGGCAGAUCGGCUGUGGUACAGCGAUCUCCUACACCACCAAUUCCUACUUUGGAUAUGGAAAAGGGAUGAUUCUAAUGGACAACGUCAACUGUGAAGGGAGUGAGUUGUCACUGUUGAGCUGUCACAGUCUGGGCUGGGGUAUCCACAACUGUGGGCAUCAUGAAGAUGCAGGGGUCAUCUGUGCAGAUUCAUGGACUCCCACAGCAGCUCCAGAAGUUCUAACCACUGGAAUUUCUACAUCACUCAUGUCCACGGAUUCUACUCCAACUACCAAUCGCAAUGUUAUGAAGCAAUCUUUUGAACAGAUUACAACAACAAAGCUAACAACAUCUCAAAGGGCCAGAUCCAUUCGUCUGGUGAAUGGUAACAACAGCUGUCAAGGCAGAGUGGAGAUAUUUUACGGCAAUAAUUGGGGAACCGUGUGUGACGAUGACUGGAAUAUCAUAAACGUGGCAGUGGUUUGCAGGCAGCUGGGAUGCGGUGGUGCCAUCACGGCGAAAGAACUAAGUUACUUUGGAUAUGGCAGUGGACCUAUAUUGUUGGAUAAUGUGAACUGCAAAGGCACAGAAUCCUCCCUGUCUGAAUGCUUUAACCUUGGAUGGGGAAAGCACAACUGUAGACACCAUGAGGAUGCAGGCGCUAUUUGUGUAGAAUAUAAAGCUCAUGAGGCAAGUGGUUCUGGUAAACAAGCACCAAUAAUGACCACGAUGAGAACAACAGAAGCAUUAAGGGUGCCUGAAGAGUCGCAGAUCCGACUUGUGGAUGGACGGAACCGCUGUGAAGGCCGAGUGGAGAUCUUCCUGACAUCGCAGUGGGGGACAGUGUGCGAUGACGCCUGGGACAUAAGGGCUGCUAGAGUGGUCUGUAGGCAGCUAGGCUGUGGCAACCCUCUGGCCGCUAAGGUGGAGGCGUAUUUCGGGCAGGGCACUGGCAUCAUUCACCUCGACAAUUUAAAAUGCAGUGGAAACGAGAGUUUGCUCACCCACUGCUCACACAUCGGCUGGGAUGUCCACAACUGCGACCACAGGGAAGAUGCGAGUGUGAUGUGCUCCCUAUGAACAAUCUCACAACAAGUGCCCGCCCCUAGUUGUUGGAAAGGGGGCACGCUGAAUAUAUGUAAAUCUAUAAAUGUGUAAAUAGCUCAGAACUACCAAACCAAAAUUCCCAUAUAAUGUGCACUUUAUAUAUUUUAAUUACUAUCUCCUGUCACAGAUUUAAUUCCCAAAUUAUGAAAAGUAACCAUUUGCCUCCCCAACAAGGCUUGUGCUAUUGAGGGAAGCCCAUAUGGAAAAAGCAACUGAGAGCCCAUAUGAGCUUUCAGAAGGGGAUGGGUCAAAGGCAUAGCCCUUGACACACCUUUUUAAUUUGAGAAUGAAGUUAGCUCUAACUCUGGGAGAAAAAAAUGGUAGAGUAAUUCAGGAAAUCAGGAACUCUCUUCCACAUAUCGCUCAAUUAAUUCAACAUUUCAAAACUGGGAUGGAUUGCUUUAUUGACAAGGCCAAGAUUAUUAUAGAUUAGAUGGGGGUACUUAUGCUGCCUGAGUUACUCCAGCAUUUUGUGUACCUCUGGGGUACGACACAGACUGACUACAGUCUAAGUGAGUGCUUCCUGUUGCUGUAUUCCUGAGUUAAUGAACAGCUUGUUUUGCAGCAAGCUUCAGGUAUUGUUGAAAAUCAUAAACAGCAAAUGUUGGAAAUCUGAACUAAAAAAAAGAAAGUGCUAGAAACUCUCUGACUCAGGCAGCAGCUGUACGGAGAGAAGCAGUUAGUGUUUCAGAUGGAAGAGAAGAUAAGAAUCUUCGAACAAAAGCAUUAACCGUGCUUCUUUUCCUUCAGAUGCUACCUGACUUGGUGAGUGUUUUGAUUUUUGCUAUUGGUUGAGACCUUUCCCUCCAAUGCUGCAUCGUAAAACCAAUUGCACGCAUCAAACAGCAAGAUGACAUGAAACGUACCUUAACCACCAGAGUUGGGAGAAUUCAUAGCAUUGGAGGAGGGAGUGUCAGUUAAAAAUGGCUAAUAUUGCAUUCAAACAUUUUAAUAUUGCUUUUAGCUCAUUCAUCUGAAAGAUGCACCAAUGGCUAUGGAUGGAGAUAAUCACCAAACAGAUCUCAGAUCCUUUAAUGACCUGUAACUAAUGUAAAAGUGUGAAAGAGUUCCCAUCAUUGUCCUGUUGGAUGUAAGGGAGUGAAGAUCGGGUUGUGUACCUGCUAUACUCACUGCUCCAGCCCAUUGAAGAGGAGUAACUAGGUCCAUUGAAUGUAACUGCCCGACUUCAGCUGGUGCCUGUAGGUUAUUACCCCAAAAUGAGUCAGCACCUCUGGCCCUGGUCUGUUCCACAAGGGGUGAUAGAAAGAGCUUGACUUCUGAUGCCAUCUGUUACUUUUGAUUCUGUUUUCUCAAAUGCUGGGAAACUUCCAUUCAGCUCUGCAACUUCCAGUAGACCCUGCAACAAUCAUUAAACUGCAAUUUCAGUAAACACUGCAACAACUGGUUAUCUAAAGUUGGUUAUCAAAAAAUGCAGCAGGCUCUUGAUUAGCUGUGCAAGUGGACUUGGAAAUUGGUAAUGCACUGUUCCAAAAGUGCAAGCCAAGAGAGAGAGAGAGGAAGUGGAUGAGUAUUGUUAAUCAAGGAAAGUAUCCAAGUGGUAUUGAGUCAUGAUGUCGAGGCAGUGGAUAAUGAUGUGGAAUCAGUUUCAGUUGAAAUUAUGAAUGGCAGGGGGAAGAAGAUAUGGGUGGGUUUAGUGAAUGGCCCCAAAAUGUGACCUUUUGAUUGGGCGGAGCAUAAAAAUGAAAAUAUCUUGGGCACAUUUGAAUAAAACUGCAAUCGGCAUGGGAGAUUUUAAUCUCUAUUGAUUGGGCCAAACUGCCAAGGAUAUCAGAGAAGAAGAAUAUGUGGAGCGUGUUAUGGAUUACUUCUUAGAACUGUAUGUUAUGGAUCCUAUCCUAGAACAGGAUAUAUUAGAUUUGGUCAUGAUUAGUGAGGAAGGAUUAAUAAGAGAUCUUGUGGUUUAAGAUCCCCUUGCAGGUAGUGACCACAAGGUGAUAGUGUUCCAUAUGCAGUUUGACCGUGACGUCCACAGAGCCAAAACCAUUGUCUUCGGGUCGGGUAUUUCGGGUCGGCACCUCCGUUUAUAAUAUCUGUACUCAUCAGAACCUUAACCCUAACCCUAACUUCUGUAAAUACCUCCAGAUAAAUAAAAGUAUUCCAUGCAUCACAAUACUCCGGGAUGGUGAAUUCCAGAGAUUCAUCACCCUCUGCAACAAGUUCCUAUGCCAAGGAUAUUGCAAGUGAGAUCAGCUUUAUGUUAACAAGUUUGGAAAUUGGUUUCCACUGGCCCACCGCUGUGGCACCCUAACCCUAACCCUAACCCUAACCCAUACCCUAACCCUAACUCUAACACCCCAAACGGAGGCGCCAAUAAGGGCUCAAUAAGGGCAGUUAAAAUGGCAUGAGGGUGGUGAUGAACUGAGAAAUAAGCUAAGAAACAGGCCAGUAGACGAAUAAUGACAUAUAUUCAGUCCAUAACAAUGAACAGGAAUUGAUUCUAAUUAAAAAGGAUUCUAUGAGAAAGAGGCACAAUCUGUGGUUAGAAAGGAAGUCAAGGAAAAUAUUACAUUGAAAAGUAGGGCAUGCAAUGGCGAGUGGAAGGCCAGAGAGAAGUCCUGGGAAUUUUUCAGGAUCCAGCAAUUAAACCCAAAAAUUAAAAAGCUGAUACGAAAGAGAAAAACUGAUUUUGAGAGAAAACUUUCAGAUAAUAUCAAACCAAACAAUAAGAGUUUCUAUGAAUAUAUAAAUCGGAAGAAGGAAGCUGAAGAGAGGUGUGGGACCUCGAGAGAAUGAGGCUGGUGAAUUAUAAUAGAAAACAAAGAUAUGUUACAUCUCUUUCUUGCAUCAGUCUGCACUGUGGAGGACACUGCAAAUAUCCCUCACAUAACAGAUGGGCUUCUUUCAAAUAACAGGGAUCUACUUGUAAGUUUCCAAAUGACAAGAGAUAAAGUAUUAGAGAAAUGCAGUGGGCUCGAGGCAGAUAAAUCUAGUACCCAAUGCACCCAAGAAGUUUAAAUGGAGCUGCAGAGCUGGUGAAUAUCUGAAGAAGGGUCUCAACCCGAAACGUCACCCAUUCCUUCUCUCCAGAGAUGCUGCCUGUCCCGCUGAGUUACUCCAACAUUUUGUGUCUACCUUUGAGAUGGUGGAUACAAUGUUUGAAAUUUGUCAAAAUUUAUUAAAAUUCUAGAGAUUGGAAAACAGUGAAUGUAACUUCCAUGUUCAAAAUGAGAGGAAAGCAGAAGCAGGGAACUACAGCGUUAGUUUGACAUCUGUUUUUGGCCAUUUACUGUAAGGUUAUAAAGUUUGCUGAUGAUACGGAAAUAGAUGGCAAGGCAUGUUGUGAUGGAACAUAGAUAGAUUGAGUGACGGCGAAAACCUGGUAAAUGGAGUUUAAUGUGGAUGAGCGUGAGGCCAUCUAAGUGGAAUCAAAAGGUGGAUUAUUAUCUCAUUGGUGAGAGACAGCCCAUGAAUGAAGUUCAGAGGGACUUAGAUGUCCUGGUGCAUGAAUCACAGAAAGUUAGCAGACAGGUGCAAGUAGUUAAUAAGGCAAACGGCAUUGCAAAGGAGUAGUGUUUAAGAAUAGGGAGGUUAUGGCACAGUUAUACAGGAUGAUGGUGAGGCUGCUCCUGGAAUACUGUAGGUCUUGGGGAACUGGCACAGAAACUAAGUUGGGAUCAGCAUGGACCAGGCCAUGAUCAUAUUGGAUGGCAAGGCAGGCUUGAUGGGGCUUGUGGCCUACUCCUGCUCCUAUCUCCUUGUGUUCUUAUAAACGGAUCAAUGAAUCACAAAAGGACAUUGCUUUCCUUUUCUCCAAAUGCCCUCAUUUCACAUUCCCUUUGGGAUGACGAUAGGAGAGGGAAGAUGUGUCUGGUGAUAGGAUCUCUCAUUAAAGAUGGCAAAAAUUACAAGGGAUAAUCUGGCUUGAAGAGAUGCUCAAUGUACCUGGAUUGCAGGCCAUCUUUGGAGAUUAAUAGAUUUUGUAGUUUAGUUUAGUUUAGUUUAGAGAUACAAUGUGUAAAUAGGCCCUUCAGCACCACCAUGUCCGCACCGACCAAUGAUCACCCAUACACACUAGGGACAAUUUACAGAAGCCAAUUAACCUGCAUGUCUUUGGAAUGUGGGAGAAAACCAGAGCACCUGGAAAAAACCCAUGCAGUCACAGGGAGAACGUCCAAUCUCCGUACAGACAGCACCUGUGGUCAGGAUCAAAUCCGGGUCACUGGCACUGUAAGGUAGCAACCUUAACCCACAAUGCCAUGGGGUUCUAGGAAGAUAAAUGGUCAGGUUGUGUGACAGGAUGUAGGAUGGAAGAUAUCCAGGUAUUUUAAGAAACAAAUGAUGUUUCAGGCCUUAAGUUUGAAUGACUGGUUGGGCAUUUGGUUAUUGAUAAACUGUGAAAUAAUAUGUGUUUUAUAGACAAAUCUAACGCUGCCUUGGUAAAAAGCAAUUGAGUGGUAAUCAUACUAAAUUAGAAGGUUAAAUAUUUAUCUGAUGGACUAGAGCACUACUUUUGUGCAUGUGUUAAAUACCUUUUCUCAUGGGUGUGGAUUCUUUGUUAGUCAUUGUAAUAUUUAUUGAUUAGUGUGUAUAUAUCCAAGAUAGAUACAGUAGCCAUGAAAGAAAGUGGAAUAGCAUCCGGACACCUCUUGUACCUUGUCAUUCUCUUUCUUUAAUCCUGAUUAUCCAGAGACACAAUAAAACAUGAGCAAUAAGAACACAGUUAUUAAUGUGACUUUGCAUGCUAGGUCAGAAGUAGAGCAGCCUGCUGCCUAAGUGUGAAUGUGGUAGAAAAAGUCACAGUAACCCCUACUUUCAUGGGAAUUAGCAAGACUAAUUUUGUUGCUGCUUGGGUUCACAAGACACAGUUUGUGUGCUUUAGCUCCUCACAAAUGACAUUUGUGGAAAAGUAGCAUGGAGAAUGUAAAUGAGGCCUUAAUUGUGGGAGCAUAGGGAAAAUAAUGAAAUAUUUGACCAAAUAACAACGAUAGUCACUGAGUUUAGCUUGUAUUUUUAAUUGCUCCGUACGGACUGUGAUCCUUUUUCAGAUUGUUUGAGUUGCAGGACAUGAGAUGUUUCAUUUACUGGAUGGAGUAAGAAGUGACUUGCAUUUCUUUAACACUUUAGCCUCAUAAUGUUUUAAAACUGAUGAUUUUAAAGUUGUUAUAACCAAUGCUAACUUUCCAAAUACAGUUGCUGUUAUUAUAUGUUAGCAAAUGCAAGCCACAGUAACAGCCUUGUUCCACAUGAAUUAAAAUAUACUAUUAAAGCUUUGUGAUUGGUGUGGAUUCAAGAUAAGAUCUAUGAUUGCUCAGUUAGUUACCACCAGUUAGGCCAGCAGAGAGCGGAAGAACAUAAGAACUAGAAGGAGGAGUAGGCCAUUAAUUCCCUCUUGCUUGCUACACCAUUCAACAAGAUCAAGACUGAUAUUUUACCCAAUUGUCAUUUUCCUGUACUAACCUUUUAUCUCAUCACUUCCUUAAUAUCAGAACUCAAACUAAGAUCUAUUUCUUUAUUUAGAUUGACGUCCAUUGUGCAAAUGUCCCUUGCCUAUUCAUAAAAGAUGAGUGGGGGAUUAAUUGAAACUUCCAAACAAGACUGCAAGCCUUGUACAAUCUGACAAUCCCAGACUGGUGCUGCAGUUGCCACCAGUAAGGCAGAUGGCAGCUCUGUUACAUAGACCAGAAUCGGAUUAUUGCUCGAAAAUUCGUAUUUUUGAAUAAUAGGAACAGUGAGGAGAAAACAGUAGGAUGGGUCACUCGUGGUGCAAAUAAAUUGUGUGUGUGUGUAAGAUUGAAAGAUCCUGUGACAGGAAACAAAAAUCGACAUAUAUCCAAGUGGUAAACCUAGGCUUUGACAGUGAUCGACUUGAACUUUGAUUUAAUUUAAUUGUAUAACUCACCAAUUGGAUUGGUUCAAGGGAUAUGUGUGCCCUCUGCUUUAUGUUGAGGUAACUGAUCAGCCAGAAGCAUCUUGCAGCAUUAAAAUCAAGCUCAAUAUCGCAGAGUUACAGGGAAAGACAAUAGGGCAGAGACUGCUCCUGCUGCAGAGAAGUCGAGAGAAGUCAAAUGAACACCAGAACUGCAGCUUAAAACAAUGUUCCGAAUACAGAUCCUGCUUUGAUAUAUAGUUUAUUCAACGUGCAGUUCUCAAAUCACUGCAACACUUGACCAUUGUUAAUAAUCCUGUGGCUUCAUUAUUGCCACAGUGCUGUUCUUUAAGUUUCUUUUCAUGAGCAUUUUCCAUCCCAGCUGCUACAUUCAAACGUUCUGCCAUAGGAAACAUUAGCAGCUGGGAGCUUCCAGAAAUCAACUUGACUUACAUUGACAAUGCAGUAACUCUUGCUGUAUGAUUAUGUAUUUUGUAUGCUCUGUGCUUUUGUUUGUUAUAUUUCAAAAUUACACCAAAUAAAAGAAACAUGAAAAUGUUCUGAACUGUU